UAAGCAUGACGUCAUUUUGCAAAGUGUCUGUGAAAUAAGAGUGGGGAAAUUCGAUGCACAUGUGUGCGCAAGUAAGUGUGCUUUUUAGUGGCUGUAGCAGUGUGGCACUCAGUGAUUCAAGUGUGUGGCAGUCCGUUGAGAAGUCGACGCCGUUGUAUGCGUAUGACUGCGGGUUGAGAGAUAACACGAGUGAAUUUGCUAAAGCAAGGGUGGUUCUGUGUGGCCGCACUGAAUUACUGCAGCCCAUGUGCUCUGCUUGUUAAAAUGCUCAUCAAAGAAUUUCGUGUCACUUUGCCUCUUAAUGUGAAAGAGUAUCAAGUGGCUCAGCUAUAUUCUGUAGCAGAAGCUAGCAAAAAUAAUACUGGAGGAGGAGAAGGAAUACAAGUGUUAAAAAAUGAACCAUUCACAGAUUAUCCUUUGCUUGGUGGAAAAUAUUCUUCAGGUCAAUAUACAUACAAGAUUUAUCAUUUAGCUAGUAAAGUGCCUGCUUUUAUUCGUAUUAUGCUGCCAAAGAAUUCCUUGGAAAUUCAUGAAGAAGCUUGGAAUGCUUAUCCUUAUUGUAAAACAGUUAUUACAAAUCCUGGAUAUAUGAAAGAAAAUUUUGUAAUUAUGAUUGAAUCAUUUCACAUUGAUGAUGUUGGAAAUCAACAUAAUGUUCAUGAAUUACCUCCUGAUAAAUUAAAAAUAAGAGAAGUAAUACACAUAGAUAUUGCAAAUGAUCCAAUUGCAAAUGCUGAUUAUAAGGAGGAUGAAGAUCCAACUAAAUUUAAAUCUGUGAAAACAGGUCGAGGUCCUCUUAUUGGUAAAGAUUGGAAAAAUAAUGUUCAACCUGUAAUGACAUGCUAUAAACUAGUUACUUGUGAAUUUAAAUGGUUUGGUCUACAAAAUCGUGUUGAAAGUUUUAUACAAAAAGCAGAAAGGCGUCUUUUUACUAACUUUCAUAGGCAAGUGUUUUGUUGGAUAGAUCGUUGGUAUGGUUUAACUAUGGAAGAUAUUAGAGCAAUUGAAGAGAGUACGAAAGAAGAAUUAGAUAGGCAAAGAGAUCAAGGAGAAGUGAGGGGUAUGCGAGCUGAUGAUUGAAGCUUUGAUAGCUUCUAUUAUGGAUGGUUAAAUCAAUUUCCUUAUAUGUCUCAGAUACAUACGCAUACCUAUAGAAAUACACUCACAUAUGUUUUGUCAUAGGCGAUCCUGCAGGAUCGGGACAAUUUCCAGAAUUUAAGUGUUUAGAUUCAGUGUCUAUUAUAAUUACUUAUGAUUUUAAUUUAUUUACAUUUACAAGCGUUUUAGAUAAAUGUAUCUAUUGUCAAAGAUUAUAAUAUAGCAAAUAAUAAGAGAGAACUGAUACAGAUCAGUUCAACUUAUACAAUGUAUAAAAUAUUCAAAAAAAGAGUACAGAGUUCGAUAAAAAUCAAUUUAGGUGGAAAAAUAUGUAAUGUUAUUUAACACCAUAGUAGUUCAAUAUUAAAAUUUAUAAAUAAGUCGUUCGAAAUGCUUGCUAUAUAAUAUAAAUGAUGAAAUUAGACAUAAAAAUUGCGAAAUAUUCACAAUUUAUUAUUUUAAAUUUAUUAUAUUAUGAUUUGAAACCAAAAAUAUCACUAUAUUUAUAUAGUAACAAUGGUUAUUUUAAUAAGUUUGUGUAGUAUGGCCUGAAAAUUUUUAAAUCCAAUUAUACUCUGUAUAAUAACCAGAAGAAUUAAACAAAACUAUUUUAACAGUUUCAAAACAGAAAAUUGAUUUUGUCAUAAUUUACUCUCUUACUAAUAUUCAAUAUUACAAAUAAAGUGAUAAAUAAUGAUUAAACUAUAGAAAUCCUUUUUUGUGUUUCUUAAUGAAAAAAUUAAAGAAAAUAUGUGCAUCAAAAUUAGGACCAAUUUGCUAAACUUCAAUUAAAUCUUUGAUUACUAUAUUGGCACUAUAUUGUUUGUGAAAAAUAUGAAAAUAAUUUUAUAAGAUGAUUGAAUUAUACAUAUAUAUAUAUAUAUAUAUACAUAUGAAAAAAAAAAAACUAUUUUAAUGUAAAAGUUACAACGGCAAAUGCACUAUUGUAUAUAAGAAAAGAAGCAUCCAAUGGAAUUCAAAUUGAAAUAUUAUAUUCACUUAUAUAUUUCUUUACAUUCCAAUAGAUCUCUAUCCAACAAAUUUAAAUGUCAUAUUUAAUAUCUUUGCUUAUAUAAAACAAAGAAAGAAUUCGAUAAAAAUAUAGUUGAAGAAAAUCGUAAUUGUCGUUUGCACAAAUUAUAUGUAUACUGUUAUCUGUUGUACUGGGAUCUAUAGUGUAGAAUUUAAGAUAGUUAUAGAAAUAUAAUUAGAAAUAUAAUAGAAACUGUAAUUUUUUGGGAUCUUAAUACAGGGAGUAUCAGAAUUUAUGCUACUCAGUUGUGAAUUUUAGCAUUUAAGUAUGAUAUGCGAUCUUAUCAAAUUACUUAUAUAAUUAAUAGAGAUUUUAAAAUAAAAUCUCAUUAUAGAUAGUGU